CUUUCAAUACACUUAGAUCUAGAACUAGAUUCUUGAGGUCUGUGUGUGUGAAAAAAUAGAUAGAGGGUCUGUAGACUAUAAGUAGAUCUAAAUCUAGACCCUAUUGUUUAUCAUUGCUUCGUCGAUGACCAUACGCAGGACACUGGAUUAACUAGAUUGUCUUUGUUAUAGAGACUAGAUACAUCUAAAUUAUUCUAGAUCUAUUUAAAGUCAUUUUAAUUUUUAUUUAAGACAUACUGACAUACAAGUCACUCAUUCAUAAUUCACUGAUUCACCUCACGACAUACUCUGACAUAGCCUAGGCAGUAUACUGAGUAUCAUACAUACUAACAUAGUCACAGUGUGAGUGUCACAUAGUCAGUAAUAGUGAUAGUGACUGUCAAGUCACACACUCAGAUACUGUCACAUAGUCACACUAUUCUGUGGAUUAGCGAAACACUAAAGAAGAAUCAUGAAUAGGGACAGAAGGCAGCUAAACCAGCUCCUAGGCACAAUUCAAAUGAAACAGGCUGUGCUGGACAAUCAAAAGAAAAAUGUCUAUGAACUACUAGAUGAGCUUGUUGAAGAGAUUACAAAGAAAAUAGAGAACCUUGUACCAAGGGAUGGGGAACACGCUGCAGACUUGGACAAAGCCAGAGUUCUCAUACAACAGUUAGAUAAGGCUUCAGAUCUUUUUACCAAGAUUGUUUUAGAUACUGAUUCUUAUUUAUGUCAACUAGCCGAAGAGCCACUAAAAACUGAAAACAAAAAAGAAGAAAAAGUGCAACAGUCUAAUCCUUGUCAGCUAGUGACUGCAGUUGCAAUGUCUUCAGAGAAGAGGGCCACUUUACAAUCUCCAGUGGAUCAGAAAUUUCUGCUGUCUUCAGAGAAGAGGGCCACUUUACAAUCUCCAGUGGAUCAGAAAUUUCUGCUGUCUUCAGAGAACAGGGCCACUUUACAAUCUCCAGUGGAUCAGAAAUUUCUGCUGUCUUCAGAGAACAGGGCCACUUUACAAUCUCCAGUAGAUGGAACAUUUCUGCUGGAAAGGAAUUUCUUUAAGCCUAUUAAAGAAAGGACUAUUAAACAUUCUUCAACAGAUAAGUUAAAUCAACAGUCUUCAUUGGAUAAGAUAGUUUUACCAUCCACUGUUGAUAAGACUAUUUCAAAGCCCUUCCAAGAGAGGGCAUCUUUAAAUAUUCCAGACAGAAAAUUAUUAAAGCCUGCUAUAGAUAAGACUUUUGUAAAGCCUGCUAUCGAAAAGACUACUCCACAAGCUUAUUCAGAUAAGCCUGUUCUUCAGUCUCCUGUGGAAAGGAAACUUCUACAACUUACUGUAGACAGGACAGCAGUGAACACAGAACUCAAUACAAAAUUAUUUUCUCCAUUGUUUGUAAAUACAAACUGCUUAGAAAGUUCAAGGGAAGAACUAUCAGACAACUUAGUCAUAAUAAAGGAAACUAUUCUUGGAGUAGAUGAAAUUCUAAAUGUUGUUGUUAUUGAUGUGGAACAUCCAUGGUCUUUUCAUGUGCAGCUGAUUAAUGAUUUGAAUGUAGUCAUUGCUAAAAAAAUCAGGGAGCAUAUUAUUUCUGGAAAAAUGACUAUUUUAGAGGCCCAUCAAGGCCUGUAUUGUUUAGCCAAGUUUGAAGAUAAUUGUUACUACAGAGCUAAGAUCAAGUCAGUUCAAGGUGAAAUGGUCUCUGUUAAAUAUGUGGAUUAUGGUAAUUCACAUCUUGUCUCAGUAAAUGAUAUCUUUGUGUUACCUCCAAGUCUAGCUUCCUACCCAGCCAACAGUAUCUGGUGUGCUCUUGAAGGGGUGUGUCCCAAAAAUGUUGAAAGAAUGUGGCCAGAGGUUGCCAUUCAACAGUUUCAACAGUGCAUCUGUGACCAACAAGUUAAAAUACAAAGAUUAUCAGAGAAGAAAGAAAAGUGGUAUGACUCCCUCCCAUGGAUUAUUAAAGUUGUCUUCAACAAGAAGCACUUGGAUCACAUAGCAUCCAAGAGUACAGACACCAAAGCAGAGAGUCUUUCCAAAUUCCUCAUUAACAUUGGCUUAGCUCAGGCUAUAGAGCUGCAUGAUUUAGUCCAAGAGCUGAAGGUAUUUUAUAGCGAUGACGCUGGUGCAGACUGCCCUGAUUUGCAGGAACACACUGAAGCUAAUAUUUGUUCUCUUACACCACAUUCACACAAGGUAGAUAAGAAAGCUGAGAAUCUAAUGCAAAGAGAGUCUAACUAUGAACUGGGUUUAUUGGUGCAUGAAAAGCUUGUUCAGCUGUGCAGAACCAUGAAACUGCCAAGCAACGUCCACAGUGGUGCUGUGUCUAGAGAUGAUGAAGAGAUGACUCUUCCCAUCUUGCUCCGUUCAGUCAUAUCUCCUGACAGUUUUUUUGUCUCGUAUGUGGGAUCCCACUUGCAGGAGAUGGUUAAAGAAAUACAAACCCAGUUAGAUGUUUCAUAUAAUAAUCAACCAAAAUCAGAACUUUUAGCAAGGAAGCAGUCAUUUUCUCCCCCUAGUGUCGGCUCUCUUUGUUGUGCUAUUUUUUCUGAAGACAGUCUCUUUUAUAGAGGUUUAAUAUUAGCAGCUAGCAACAAAACCAGUCAGCAUGGAAAGUCAGUUAUUCAGUUUCUGGUUUUCUUUAUUGAUUUUGGAGACUUUGAGUGGGUUCCAGAAUCAAAUGUGUUCCCUCUCUCAGACAAACUUCAGAAGAUCAAGAGUGCUGUUUUGUGGUGUUCGCUCAGUAAUCUCAAACCCCCAGAUCCUCACAAGCCCUGGUCAUCUCAUGUUGUAGACAUCUUCAAAGCCAUGAUGAGCUCCGAGAGGACAUCUCACUUAGUGGUCAGCAAAUCUAAGCUGUGUGCAUUGCAAGACUCUACAGUUGGCAGCAUUUUACAAUCAGAACCACUUCCAGUAUUUCUUGUUGUUGAAGAUCAAUAUGGGGAAGAACUCUGUGUAAACCUUGAACUGAUUGCCAUGGGAUUGGCAUCUUUAGAUAGGAAUGGCUCCCCUUGUUUGGAACCUGGUGAAAAUGCUGGAAGUCCUGAUGUAAAUGUUGAAUGGGAUCCUAUGACUGAAGACUUCAAUUCUCUAAGAAAUAGUUACAAAGUAAAUGUUGAUGAUCCUGGAGUUGCUUUGGUUGGAUAUUCUUCCAGUCAAGCAGACAAGGCAACAAAAAAGGUCUGUGUGUAUUACAAUAGACGAGGUGGAUGUCAUAAAGGCCAGCAGUGCUCUAACAUGCACAUUAAAGUAGAUGAUACAGGCACCAUGUCUGAUAAAGUUCCAGUGUUGCUGUUUGAAGACAACUCUCAUCUGAUACCAGAGGAAGGGACACAUUGUUUAGUCAUGGUGGUCCAUGUCAAAAGUCCAGUUAGUUUUUUUGUUCAUGUUAUCAACAGUUGCUGUGCUGAGGAAGAAUCUCUAAAAGAUUUAAUGGAGAGAAUGAAAGUAUUUUAUGGGAGCAGCCCAUUUUAUGAUGGAGAUUUAACAUUGCUAGCACCUGGUCAAGCAGUUGCAGCAUGUCUUGAUGGAAUCUGGCUACGAGGAAAAGUUCUUGACACUGAUGUAGAAAAUUCUGUUGUUCAGGUGAUGUCAGUGGACUACGGCAAUGUACACUGGGUGAAAGAGAAUGACAUCAGAGAAUUAGACUUGAGUUUUAUACACUUGACGCCCCAGGCAGUUGAAUGUGGACUUAUGGAAAUUGAGCCUGUAGAGCAUGAGUCUCCUGCGCAUGUUAGUGAAGUUUUUAAGACUAUGGCCCUUGGGAAAGAAUUUGUUGCUGAAGUAAAAAACAGGUCACCUUCUGGACAUGUGUAUGUAUGCUUAGAGUCAGUCGAGCCUCCCUAUGAGGAAGUCACUCAGUGUCUUAUCAAUGCAGGCUUAGUAAAGAAGAAGAAGAAACUCAGUCUGCCUCAGACAAUAACCAAAGUCAUUGAGAAGGAAAAAAGAUCAUUGACAUUUUUGCCUGGAUAAAAUAUUAAGUCUCAUUGUCUUAAAGAAAUGAUGCAAUACACAUGUAUAAGCUGUCCCAGAUCUAUACUAUUUUUUAAACUGAAAUAAUAAACUUGAAGAGGUGAUCAAAAGUAUUCCUAUAAAUAUUUCAAAUCUGGAGAUAUUAUUCAAAUUUAAGUUUUAAUUCAUUCACUUUUGUUCUUUACAUUCAAUGUUAAUUUUAUUUAUUUUUUUUGCUAGACCUUGGUUAAUUUGAAAAACAAUUGCUUGACUUGGAACAAUUUUUUUAUUUCAGUUUUGUUAAUAUUGCACAUGUUAAAGAUUUUUGUUUUUGUUUAAGCAUUUGUGCUUAAAUUGAUAGAAAAUUCUGUAUAGAUUAUAAGUAUUUAUGCAUCAAUAUUAAUAAAAACAACUGUAUGUCAGGGUUAAAAUCAGGUUUUGAUGGAAAAUAGCGUUUGUCUUUCAAUAGUACUAGCAACAUAUUCAGAGACACAUUUUUUUUUUCACUAGCAAAUGAAUGGUUAUAUAGUAAUUUUUCCUAACUAAUAAAUUCUCUGUGAUUCAGAUAAUAAUCACAUUAGCAGCAGUUGCUAUCUAGGAUUCCACAAUGUCAGGAUUUUAACCCUGACACACAUUUAUUUAUGUAUAUAAAUAUAUUUAUAUUUAUUUUGACUCAGGGAAUGAUGUUGACAAUUUUUUCAACUAUAACAUUAAAAUUUGUUCUACAAUGUUA